AUGUAUGGAGCUGUUUUAAUGGAUUCAGAUACUAGAAACAAUGAAGGCAAGAGUGGCAGGAGGCGGGACUCUGUGUCCACGACGCCCAGGAUGUUCAGCACCAAUACGGAGCAGACUGGAGCGCAGAUCGACACUGCCCGGGAGAAGCAUUCCAAGAGCUCGCAGCCCAGGGUGUUCCACAGGAAGUCGCUGAGUGGUUGGGACUUCAUGGAGACUGUAGGGGCUGGCUCUAUGGGUAAAGUGAAGCUGGCUAAGAAUAAGAACAGCAACGAGGUUUGUGCUAUAAAGAUAGUUCACCGCGCUACAAAAGCGUAUAUGCACAAGGCGCAGCAGUUACCACCACCAGCAGAUGAGAAUGAGGCAAAGGAAAGGCAGAAGCGGCUGAAUAAAGAGAUAUCCAGGGAUAAGAGGACCGUUAGAGAAGCUUCAUUGGGUCAAAUACUGUUUCAUCCCAAUGUUUGUAAGCUAUACGAAAUGCAAACGCUAUCUAAUCAUUACUAUAUGUUUUUUGAAUUCAUAUCUGGAGGACAACUACUGGAUUAUAUUAUUCAGCAUGGCUCCUUGAAGGAGAAUCAUGCCAGGAAAGUUUCUAGAGGAAUAUUAAGCGCUCUUCAGUACUUGCAUGCUAAUAACAUUGUGCAUCGGGACUUGAAGAUAGAAAAUAUCAUGCUCUCCAAGACGGGUGAAAUUAAAUUGAUUGACUUUGGGCUCUCUAAUAUGUAUGAUCCUAGGAAAAGUCUGCAGACAUUCUGUGGCUCACUUUAUUUUGCAGCUCCCGAGUUAUUGAAAGCACAUCCCUAUUUGGGACCAGAGGUUGAUGUUUGGUCUUUUGGGGUAGUAUUAUAUGUCUUAGUAUGCGGGAAAGUUCCAUUCGAUGACGAAAAUUCAAGUGCACUUCAUGAAAAGAUCAAAAAGGGGAAAGUCACAUAUCCUCAGUUUCUAUCAAUUGAUGUAAUCUCAUUACUUUCAAAAAUAUUGGUGGUUGAUCCACAGAAGAGGGCUACUUUGCAACAGGUUGUAAAUCACCAGUGGAUGUUGAAAGGAUAUGAUUUCCCACCACAGUCUUACCUACCAAGAAGGGUUCCUUUAACAGUGGAUGAUAUUAACAUUGAUGUAAUUAAGGAAAUGUACAGAUUUGAAUUUGUUGAGAGUAUUGACGCAGCAUACAAAACUAUUAUUGAUAUAAUAACCGAGCCCGAAUACAAACAAUUGGCUGAUCAAUAUUGGGAAUUGGCAGACAAGUCAUCUUUCUCUGAAGAUUCAAAGUUUUUUACAGAUGACUUCAAAGACCCUACACAGGCAUAUCAUCCAUUGAUUUCCUUAUAUUACUUAACCUUCGAGAAGAUGCAACGUGAUGCAAAGAAAGAGAAUAAAGAUUGGCUAUCUACCAAGAGUUCUGAGAUAACAAAUUCUGAUGUUGGGUUAAACAAAGAAUAUAAAUUUACUCCCAAGAAGAUGGAAAGCAUUCAGAAAGAGCCUAGCCCUUCGGAACUUUUAGAGGAACAGGGCAACGUUACACCAGAAGACAUAUCUCCUCAGAUAUCAAAUGAUAAAGAACAGUCUCCCAUUGCAGGUCAAAGUGGCUCAAAGGCUCCUAGGUCAAGUAUUAAGGCUUUAACAAACAGAGCAGAUCAAUCAGCGCAAGUUGGAAAAAAUGCAGGUAUUAGUCCAAAACCUUCGGUAGAAAACACAGAAAAAUCAGGAUUUACAAACAUAUUCAGGAGAUUUUCCCAACGGCACCAACGUCCAUCUAAUAUUAAUAAUAGCAUUGCCAGCAAGAACAAUAAUAUUCGCACACACACUAGAGCUGUAUCAGAUUAUAUGUCAGUUGCUCCAAAUGAACUUCAAAAGCCAGUGGAAAUUGUCAGUCAAAACUUACCAGAUCUACCUACAGAUGCAAAAUUGAUUAUAGAAAAGACUAGGAAUAGCUCAAAGAAUAAGAGCGACGAAAAUGAAACCUUACAACCAGUGCCACACGCCAAGGGGAAAAAACUGCAUCCAACUGCAAGAGCUAAAUCUGUUGGUCAUGCUAGAAGAGAAUCUCUAAAUUUCACAAGGCCCGCUGUGGUUCCACCAAAUAUGGCUGAUAUAGAAGAAGUGGUUGAUACAGGAUUUCUGCAAACGCCAGAUGAAGAAAAAUUGGUUAAAGAUAAAGCAUUUGGAGAAGCUUUAUCUAAUACAAUCGUUGAAGAUCUAACAGAUGAUGAGAUUUUAAAGGAGGCAUCAAAGGCUCCACCGGGGAGCAUGCCAUCUAUUGAUUAUCCACGUACCUUAUUUUUGAAAGGAUUCUUUUCUGUCCAAACUACUUCCUCUAAACCACUCCCAAUUGUACGUUAUAAGAUUAUUUCAGUACUUAAAAAACACAACAUAGAAUUCGUUGAAGUUAAGGGCGGUUUUGUAUGUUCUAAAUCCCCUACAGUUACCAUUUUGAAUACCAAAACAGCUCCUGAAAAGGUUGAUGUUUACAGCGGAUAUGAUAAUGAUGAUACACCUGACUGGUCUUCUCAACAGUCACCUAAAAGUAUGAAUGACGCUCGGUUAGUAUUUUCUGACUUGGAUAAGAGUUCUAAUCCUCAUUUGACUGAGGGACAUUCAAACUCUUCUUUGAAUGACUUUGAAAAUGAUAAUUUAUCAGUUGGAGGAAAAGGUGAUUAUUUAGAUAAUAUUCAGGGUCCGAGGGCGAAGGUUAUGGAUAGGGCGCCUAUUAAAUUUGAAAUUCAUAUUGUGCGUGUCAGAAUUGUGGGCUUGGCUGGUAUACAUUUUAAAAAACUCUCAGGUAAUACAUGGAUGUAUAAGGAACUGGCUACUAGAAUUUUACAUGAUUUGAAACUCUGA